AGUACUUAACAUUUUAAAACUACUUGGCAAGUACCUAAAAUUUUAGUGUUUACUGAACUGAAAAUCAUUAAAUAAACAAUUUUUAAGCGAAAUUUGUUUUGUUUUUUGUAAUUUGGUGUCCAUUCACUGAACGUACCCCAAGGUAAAUUGGGAACAGUUUAGUGACGUUCGCCACAGCUGAUUUUACUCAUUAAACGAACCUAAGCGACUGGACGCAAAAUUCUGACAGUUUGUGCCCGCGAAUUUCAUCGGUUGCAAGUCAUUUCGAAAAUUUAUUUAACAAAAUAAAGAUAAAUUUUGCAUUAAGUGGACAUUUUUAAACUACUUUUAGAACGAUUCGCCAUGAAUUCUUUUAUUGAACAAGCAAUGGAAAAGAUCACCGACUUGCAACGGCAUACACGCUAUUGUAUAAACAACUAUGAUUAUUAUCAUAAAAAUAAUGAGUUUGAUAUUUUGCGUAAUAAAGAAAAAAUACUUCGUACCAGCGCCGUGCACCUUAAUGAUUUCCUAAACACACUAGCACAAGUUCAAGACACAAUUGAAGAAUUAAAUAAGCAAUGCGACGAAGUGGAUGCAAUUCUGGGGAAUUGUACAUCUAAUAAAGGUAAUAAGGAUGAAAAGGAGGAUACUGAUAGCGGCAAAGAGAAUAUUUAAUUAGCUUAGCUUUCAAAUAAGUUUAUAUUUAAAUACAUAUGUAUGUAUGCAUUUCCCGAGUAGCGUUAACUAACUCUCGAACAAGACUUUAAAAGUGCUUGUUAAUUCUACAUAAAUAAAAUAAUGUCCUACAUAUGUAUAUAAUGC